CUUUCAAGCUGGCAACAGCAGUUUAAUGAGGACAGAGAGAAAGGUACAAUAUGCAAUAUGAUAUUUUCUCACUGUCCUCACUUCAAUCUCAAUACCUGGAAAGGGCUUGGCCCAGCUUUGAGAGCCACUUUGCCUCAGACUCGGCCCUCUACCAGCAGACAGGACAGCCUCGCUGUGGCAGGAGACCCUGAAGUCUGAACCAGGGCCAUGGAGAGCUCUGUGCUGAGCCCCACUUCCUGGGAGAAGCGACGGGCCUGGCUCCGUCAGAGUCGCCACUGGCAGACACAGGUCCUGGAAGAAGAGGCUGCAGCUGCUCUGCAGGAUGUCCCAGAUCCUGAACCAUCCAGCCUGGAUGAUGUUUUCCAGGAAGGGAAUCCAAUCACUAAGAUAGAAGACUGGCUGCAGGAUUGUGGAUACUCUGAAGAAGGGUUUUUUGAGGAAGCAGGACAGUCGAUCUAUAAUGGGUACUCUAGCCAUGGAACCAGCUUUGAAGAUGACUUGACCCUCGGAGCAGAGGCCACACUGUUGGCCGCAAAUGGCAAACUCUUCUCCAGGAGUUUCCUGGAGACUGCCCGGCCCUGCCAACUACUAGAUCUUGGCUGCAGUUUGGCUUCCAGCAGCAUGACAGGUGGGACCAACAAGACUAGUUCAAGCAUUUCUGAGAUUCUGGACAAGGUGCAAGAAGAUGCAGAAGAUGUCCUCUUCAGCCUGGGCUUUGGCCAAGAGGACCAAAAAGACACUUCUCGGAUUCCUGCUCGAUUUUUCACCACCCCCUCCCAGGCCAAAGGCAUUGAUUUCCAGCUCUUCCUGAAGGCCCAGGUGCGGAGGAUCGAGAUGGAGGACCCUUGCCUCAUGCUGGCCAGCAGGUUUAAGCAGGUGCAAACACUGGCAGUCACUGCUGAUGCCUUCUUCUGCCUCUACUCCUAUGUGUCUAAGACACCUGUUCAAAAGUUCACACCAUCCCACAUGUUCUGGAAUUGCAACCCAACUGAUGUGCCACCCAUCAAAAUUCUGGCCCCAGAGCCUGAACCUCACUCACCCAGAGAGCGCCUCCGGAAAGCCAUCUCCAAAAUGUGCCUAUAUACGUGCCCCCGAGAUCGGCUAUCACCGCCCCGCAAUACCCCCAAAAGGAACAGUUUGGACCAAGUGGUGUGGGAAGUGAUGGACAGAGUGAGAGGAGAGAAGCUGGUUCUCCAACAAGACCCUGAGUUUGCGCCAGGUUCACAGGAAGAUCCUGUGCUCCCCAUCGGCAGUACAAAGCUGCCCACUUCUUCCUGUCCAUGUGUCCUUUGCCCUAAAGAGGUAACACAGCAGGGAAUGUCCAAAGUGCGAGCACCAUCACAAACUCUGCAUUGUAACUCCAAGACACCCUUGUGCACACACUCUCUGCCCAGAGCAAAUCUACAGUGGAGCACAGACCCUGCGCGGGUAAAGAGAGAGCUGUGGGGUCUACAGGCCACCAAUAAGGAAGUCCAUUCAGACAAGGAUGAGAUUUUCUGGAAAAGGAAGAGCAGAGCAAGAAAAAGCCUAUUUCAAAAGAAUCCCACAGGCAGGGAGGUUAAAUCAUUGGACCUGUCCGUCAUUCAGCAGAAAUGGAAGCAGAGCCAAGAGAAACCAGAACUGCAUCGAUCUCUGACCCAGCAGCUGCUGGACACCUUUGACUUGGAGGAGAUGCAAAGCAACAAUGAAGAGGAGGAGAGUCUCUGGCCCAGCAGACCCAGAACCCCCCACGUCUACCAGACUUUUGCUGACAAAGGCUCCAGAAGAGAUGGUACUGCCUCCAACAUCCAGCUCCUGCUCCCAGAUCCUACAAACUUCUGAACUCAGUCAGAGAAAAGCAGCAUGGUACAUGGGAAAGAAGACCAGACUAAGAGACUUGGAAUCUACAUCCUGAUGCUGUUAUAAACCACACGCACAAAGAAAGACCUUAGGCAUCUCCCUUCAUUUCUCUGUGCUUUGGUUGCUCUGCUAAAUGGAUAUUAGAAUACGUGAUGUGGACAGUGGUCAGCUGGACAAAGACUUAAUUUUCUCCCAAGCUUUGACACUGCCUAGGGCAGUUCGAGGAUUUAAAGACGAUGGAGUUUGAGGAACAAGGGUUGCUACUGGAUCAAAGGUUGCUACUGGAAAACUCUCAAAGGGCUCAAGCUAAGUGAGGAAGGCAAAAUCCCACUUUCAGGUUCUGAAACCUUGGUGCAACCCACAGCAGGAUUCCCUCCAACCCUUUACACAUCCUAUGGGCUCUCAAUUAAAUUCUAGGAUGUCUUCCACAACACCAGAGUCUUGUUUUCCUUCUUGAGGUCUCAUCCCAGGAGAUCCACUUGCAGCCUGCCCCUCAAAACCAGCUUCUUCCUUUAUCCCAAAUGUUGUAUCUUCACAGAAAAAGAAAUGAGUGAGAUUCAGAGUCCCUCCUCUUGGUCAUUGUAAAAAUUCACAGUA